AUGUCCUAUACUGCAGUACCAAGUUCUUCAUCUCCACACACUCCAACAACCUACAACUUCGAACUUCCGCUGGAUGCCACAGGACUCGUGAAGCUAGGAUUAGUAGUGCUACUACUGACAUCAGCUUCGCGAUGGCAAAAAAUCUGUGACGAGGUUAAACAAGCCCUUCUAGCUGAGAGACUUCUUGCAGAUGAUAGGCUCAACUCGUAUAUAAUAGAGCGCAGUGGACCUGAUGUUCUACAAAGAGCACGGCUUACGUUUAUGAAGCUUUGCGGAACAAUCUCAACGUGUGGAAUUGUACCACCUUUUAUACGUUAUGAAAGCAGACAAAUGGUCGCACCUAAGUAUGGUACAGCAGCAUGUGUCAUAUACAAAAACAUGUCGACAGUAAUGACGGCUAUUAUAUGUUAUUUAUUCGACGUGAUAGACUACCAGAAGAAUAUGGGAAACAUUAUGGAGGAUACCUAUGCCUUUCGCUUUUGCAAAGGAAAGAACGAGUACAAUUCAAUACGGUCUCUGGAUGCUUUUCGGCUCGGCCCAACAUACUCAUCAUGGCUAAAUAUUAUAAUUGUACGAGAUCCACUCGAGCGAUUCAUUUCCGGCUUCAUCAAUAAGUGUCUUCGGGAGACUAUGAGACCAGGUGCAUGCUACAACUGUACUGGCAAUGUAAAAUGUGUAAUAGAGAAACAGUACGAACGGCUAAUGGGAGACGCACAAAAGCCUUCACUAGUCCAUACAGUAGAAGAUGCACAUUUCUCCCCCCAAACAUGGCAUUGCGAAUUGCGUGAGAAUCUGCGGAAGUACAAAAUCAUCAAAUACAGAGGAACGAACACUGCGGGCCUGUUCGAUGAACUCGAAGCGGAAUUGAAGAAGCGUGGAGUGGGCCAAAGUGUGCUUGAUGACAUAAGAGCACAGGUUUGUUGA